CUGUGCCUCCUCGCGCGGCGAGCGGCGCAUCAUCACGGACCGGAAUCUCUGCGUCUCCUCUGUUUCACUUAUUUUUUUUUUAAUCCCAAACUCGCGGGGUUUUUUUCCCGACCUGCGCUUAACGUUAACGUGAAUCCGCGCCUAUAAGGAGACAGUUUCGGGGCGGUUGCAAAUCCACUCGAGCGCUUUUCAUCACCUUUAUUUCGAGCACGCACAUACUUUCCCGUCCACUCCUCUUCUCUUCUGUCUUUCUCUUGGAUCUAUCACCGCCGUGAUGUCGGUGCGGAGGAGCGCGUGCUGCUGUUCCCACUUGCACGCGACCCUGUUCCGACUGCUGUGUGUUCUUCUACCCGCAGGCUUUCCCGCACGGAGCGUGGACGUUCAGCGCGCGACGGACAACAUCACCGUGCGCCAGGGCGACACAGCCGUCAUCAGGUGUUAUGUCGAUGACAAGGUGUCCAAAGUGGCCUGGCUUAACCGCUCCAACAUCAUCUUUGCCAGUGAGGACAAGUGGUCCCUGGACCCCCGUGUGGACCUGGUGACAAAGGGUCAGCUUGAGUACAGUCUGCGCAUUCAGAAAGUGGAUGUAUACGACGAAGGGCCCUAUACCUGCUCGAUUCAGACCAAGCAGCAGUCCAAGACCUCCCAGGUUUACCUUAUUGUACAAGUUCCUGCCUACAUUUACAAAGUGUCGGAUGACGUCACGGUGAACGAAGGCAGCAACGUCACCCUUAGCUGUCUCGCUAACGGUCGGCCUGAUCCGUCCAUCACCUGGAGGCUGCUCAAUCCAUCAGCUGAGACCCUGGAUGUCGGCGAGUAUCUAGAAAUCUCCGGGAUCAUGCGCACUCAGGCCGGUCGCUACGAGUGUAAGGCUUGUAAUGAUGUCGCUACACCUGACGUCAAAUACGUCAACGUGAUCGUCAACUAUCCACCUUUUAUUAAAGUGGCUAGGAACUCUGAGACACCAGUGGGACGCCAGGGAGUUCUGCAGUGUGACGCCACGGCGGUGCCCAAACCUGAGUUUGAGUGGUACAAAGAUGACAAGAGGCUGUCGAACAUGCAGGGGAUUAAUAUUCACAUCAUUGGCUCUCGCACUGAGCUCGUUGUGGCCAACGUCACGGACGAUGAUUACGGAAACUACACAUGCGUGGCCACCAACCGGCUGGGCAUACACAACGCUAGUGUGUUUCUCUACAGACCUGGAACUGGGAGGGACAUCAACGGCUCAGCCUCUGUGUGUCAGUCAGAGUGGCUUCUCCUCCUUCUUCCUCUUCUCCUGCCUCUACUCAAGUGUUAAUGCUCAGCGCUGCACUUCUUCACCGCCAUGUUCCUUAUCUCUCUCUUCUUCAUUCUUCCUCUCACUCUCUAACUCCCGCCUUUUCCUCUCUCCGUCAGACUGUUUGCAUUUCCAUUCAGCAUAAACCGUGCCUCGUUGCACGCAAAACUAGGUACACUUCCAAUUACAAAAGUUGAACAGCACAGGCUAGUCGUGUGCUUUAGUGUUGUUUUUUUUUUUUGUUUUGUUUUUUUUUUUAAAUGAGGAUUUACGAGACCUAAAAGAAAGCGCCAAAGUGUGCUUUCUUAUCUAAAAUGUUCUUCUUUUACUUGUUCGAUCAUUUACUUGUUUUGUUUUGUCAAAUUAUCUAAAUCUAGUGAGAGCUAUAUAAUGCUGACUGCAAUGAAAUCAACCAACUUGUUAAAGUAACACAAAAUUGAAUGCAUUUAAACACACAUUCCCUUCAGUACGUGUCGAAUGUGUACCAUGAACGUCUAGCAUUAGAAAAAGGAAACGAAGCUUCAUCUAGGCAGCUUAGCCACUAGUGCUUAGCAUCAUUGUCUGGGAGAGAACACAGUCAGUAACUUUCUGAACCUUUCCAAUCUUUGCUAAUUACUGUCAAAAGCAUCUGAACCUCUCCUGAUCUAUAUUAGCACCUCAUUCGGUGUGGGCUAACUAGCUAGCAGAUAUGUAUACAUUAUGCCAGAUGCUAAAGCACUGAAAGGUCUCAAACUUUGAGCUAAAAGUGAAACUUGUUACAAAAAUCUAACAACGUAGUGGGGAAUAUUUGCAUACAAUGGGUCAGGAAAAAGCUUUCGAAUAAACAAAACAAAGUGGUCAUGUCUCACUUCUCGUUAGCAAACGCAAAGAUAGUGAGAUGGCUUAGCUCGCUGCUGUUGAAUCAAAGCGGUUGAAUUUGAAAUGGAUUCGGUUUGUGAGAGCGAUACAUUCUCACAAGUGCAAAUUCUUGAAUUAAAAUAUUGUGAAAUUCUUAAGAGAUUAGCGAUUAGAUAGCUAGAGGUCUAAGGCAUCUUUUCAAAUGAAACGUCUCUUGCUAGAAUUUCCGCAGGUAAGAGUUUAAAUAAAAAGGGAGUCUCUUGUUGCACUACUUGAACAACGAAAUGAGGGCAUGUGCCAAGAGAAGAUUAUUGUGAUUAUUAUGAUUUUGUUUCUCUUUUGUGGUUGUUUUACUCCACAAGUUGUGAUAUGUCAGGCGCCACUAUAACAAAAGCUUAUCGUCUUGGUCAUCAAACCAUUUUAACCCCUUUUUUUGGGGGGAAAAGUUCUGUCACUUUCCCGUAUCCAUUUGUGGAAAAUGUAACAUUCUGCUAAACUGUGUGUGACUUUUUUGGACUGAAAUGUACGACACCAAUGAAUGCUCUGCUUAUUAUUAUUAUUAUUAUUAUUAUUAUUAUUAUUAUUAUUAUUAUUAUUAUCUGAAAAUAAUUCUCCUGACUUUUUGUGAAUUUUUCAAACAUAAGCUCACAAAGCUGAUGUUUUGGGGAUUUUUUUUUUCUCAAGAUUUUAAUUAACGUUGUAUAUAUAUGUACUUGAAUCCAUUGUCCUUAUAUAUAAAUAUAAAUAUAAAAAAAUAUUAAUAUAUUACGUCUAUGUUUCUUAAUAGGCUAGUGGAUUUGUCAAGGAUUAACCUGUAGCGCUGCAUCUUGGUGUGCCCUGUAAGUCAAACCAAUUAGGAGACAAAAAGAUUUUAAUUAUCAAAUAAAAAACACGAUACUGUAACCACUGAUGAAAAUUUGAGCAAGUUUGCCUUUAGCACUGAUCUUCAUAUUUUUGGUUUUUAUAUAGAAAGUAAUGAUGAUUCCAGUACAAAAAAAAAAUGAGAGAAGCUAUGUGCUUGUUCCAAAAAAAAAAAAAAAAAAAGUAAAUGAAAGCUAAUGUGCUGUUCAUGUGAAUUAUAUAAUGUUUGUAAUUCUUUAUAAUUUCACUUACUGUUUGUUAACUAGGCUACAUUUGACGUUUUGUUUAAAUGCAUAAUUUGAAUGUUUUUUUGUUUUAUUCACCCACCCUGUAAAUUCGUUUUAAAAUCUUCAUAAAGCUAUGAAGGAUUAUGCUCAAAGUUUUAUUUUUUCCUCCUUAACUUUUGUCGCUCUAUUCUGCUUACACCGCCAGCCCUGCCCACAUUGUGACUGACAGCUGAGUCGAUGCGUUGUUAAAUCUAUGAGCACGUCUCUGUACCAAAUGCUAGAAUUCACAGCUAGUUAGCAAAAUGCUCUAAAAUGGAAAAUAACAAUUGUAGUUGGUUGUUAGUUUUAAUAAUUGCCCAUAAUGAAUAAAAUGGUUCCAAGGUAACUAAAUUUCCGGGUAUUCUAUAUAAUUAAAGGGCAUGGUGGCUUAGUUUUUUGCAUGCUAAGGCUCCAGGGGUUUGGAGGAUAAGCGGUACUGAAGAUGGAUAUAUGGAUCUAACUUUUCUUAGAGGUUGUAUUUGUUUAGUUUAAUUUAAGUGAUAGUUAUUAAGCUAACCAGUGAUUAGCGAGUUACUACUAUAAAAAACAGCCAACCAACCGUCACCGUGAUUAGCUUUGCCUACACUAAACGGCAAAAAAAGCAUAAUCACGAAGGGCUAGCGAUUCCCUUGAGGCUAAAUAUUCCCCAGAUAUCCAAAGAAUGGCUUUAUACGAAUAAUUCGACCAUAUUUCCUUAGUAAAAAUCCUCCUACAUACUCUGCGUCCUACUUGUUGAAUGCUGACGUGCAAAAGUUUGUUUUACGUGAAUGCACUUAUACAAGCUACCAGGUUCCAGCUAGCAAACAGCUGCCUCAUGUCUUAGCCUUUUGCACCAUGUUAUUUUCUUUUUCUGUACAUUUUUUUGUUCUUUCCACAUGUAUAUGUGAAUUGUACACCGUCAUUUCAUCGCAACAUUUUGUAACGGCUUUAUUUUGUUUUAAGGUUACUGCAAUCAAUUUCUUAAAAAUCGUACGUACUGUAAAGUACCGAUGAAACGUUCAGAAGCGAAAUAAAGUCAUUUGAAUUUGACAUGGUGCGAUUAAA